CUGAUCUCAAUCAUACCCGCCAAGAUCGAAACAACUUUGGCCCCAAACCCGCACAUCCCUUGCGCCGUUUGAAUGAGGGGGGCCAUGUUCGGGUGUUCGUGCGCCAUCUGUUAUAACCACUACCUCUCUCCUUUCUGCUCCCCCGGAUUUGUCUUUCUUCUCUAAGGCUGGCCUAUCUUCUUGCAUUGUAUUUGUUAGCUUGUACAUUCCUUCGUUCUCCUUCCCCUCUCUCAUUAACUUUCCCUUCCCCUCCUCACGGUCCCUCACUCCGCCAAGAUGAAGUCACUCCUCCUCCUCACCUUCCUCAGCGCCGUCUCAGGCCUCCCGCGUCCCUCUCUUUUCACCGAAAAUCCCGCGCUCUCAUCCAAAUCUCUCCUCACGCGCGAAACGCCCGCCGCAGCGGCCGCCAACACGACAGCCUCGUCGUGUUCACAAGCCGUGCUCGCCCUCGCCUCCGGCAUCCAGUCCAACAUCGCAGAUCAGAACAACGAGUUGGCCACGGUCACGGCGCUCGGGAAUGUCCUGGCGCAGAACCCGAUGGAUCUGACGCUCUACUCGGCCACGCAGGCGAGCCUGUUGAGCUUCGUGCAGAAGGGGAUCCAGAUCCGAGAGGAGAAUCAGAGGAUUGCUCCUGCUGGGAAUGCAGCGAUUGCUGGACUGGCAACGGUUGCAAUGGCACAGGUGGCGGAACUGUCGCUCACGGUGAGCCUGGCGUUGGGAGGGAACGGGACGGAUGUUGCGAAGGCUAAUGCGACUGUUGAGACGUUGAAGGGUGAUUUCAAGGGCGGCAUCAAGCAGAAUAUGAUGAAUCUGGCUGCUGCUACGGCGAACUGCACAAUGUCUGCUGCUACGGGAAGCACUGCUGCGAAAAGUGUUGCAUAUUGACGGACUGUGGAACAAGCACGUUCUUUCUAUAGAAUGUGAUGCUGGGCAUCGCAGUAGCAUGCGUUGUAAAUUUCAUCCCUCCGGAAUGUCUCCUCUUCCCAAGCUAUCUGAACACCACCGCUUUUCCUCAGGCUGCUUAACCUAAUUACACGCUU